AGCCCGUGCGAGGCUGUCCUGGAGACCCCGCGCUGCCUGCACCUCUAUCGUCUCGGUUGUCAUGGAUGAUGAAGACGGCAGGUGCCUUCUAGAUGUAAUUUGUGACCCAGAAGCUCUCAAUGACUUUCUUCAUGGAUCUGAGACCCAUUUGGACACUGACGACCUUUUGGAUGGUUCGAGUGACCCCUCCAGCUCGUUCUUCUCUACCACUGGGGGCCAUGUUUCAGAGGUCCAGCCUACAGUCCAGCUGUCGGCUAAUGAGCCGGCAGGCCUACCCAGAGUCAGUGUUGACCUGGACUUCUUGGAAGACGAUGACAUCCUGGGUGGAUCCCCAGGCGGUGAAGGUGGGAGCAAUGGCAUUGGGACAAAUCAUGAGCCUUGUGACAUCCUGCAGCAGAGCUUGGCUGAAGCCAACAUCACAGAGCAAAGCUUACAAGAGGCAGAGGCUGAGCUUGACCUGGGCUCUUUUGGGAUUCCAGGCCUUACGCAGGUGGUACAGACACUGCCUGAUGCCAGUCUCUCUGGGGCUGGAGGCACUGCUGUUGGUGUAGGCAUAGGUGUUGGGGGUGCGGGAGCAAUAUUCCCCGGGUCAGGCCCAAGUACCACUGCUACUCCCCCCAAUGCCACAGCUGACAUGCUGGGUUCAGUGCUGGCUCAGCAAGGCCUUCAGCUCCAGCCCCAGGUCAUGAACAAGGCCAUUAGUGUUCAGCCAUUUAUGCAGCCUGUCGGCCUGGGAAAUGUGACGCUUCAACCCAUUUCAAGUCUCCAAGCUCUUCCCAAUGGGAGCCAAUCUGGACAUUUGGGAAUUGGACAGAUUCAAGUUGUGGGUCAGCCCACAGUCAUGACUAUCAAUCAGUCUGGGCAGCCAAUCCUGGCUAAAGCCAUGGGUGGUUACCAGCUGCAUCAGUCUGGGCCAGAGGUAUCGGGCGCUGGCUCUCAGGCAGGGCUUGGAGGCACAGGAGGUGGACUUCUGAUCCAAGGCAACAAAGCCACUUUGGGAUCUCCAGCUUUAAAUGGACCGGCAGUUUGUGUCAGCAGCACCAACAGCAGCAGUGGCGGUACAAUGACUGCUCCUGCUGGGCUUGUGGGCUUUGGCAGUACCCCUCUAAGUUCAGGAAUUGGACCCCAGACGCAAACUCAAGGCCAAAUCAUGCAGAACGUUAUCAUUCAGCGCACACCAACACCCAUUCAGCCUAAACCCCCUCAGGGUGGAGCCAUCCAACCAAAACUAUUCAAACAGCAACAACAGCAGCAGCCGCAACAGCCGGCACCCCAACCUCUGCAAAAUGAUGCUCACAAGGCUCUAGGGCUGCAGCAACUUCCAGUUUCUGCAGCUCAAAAUGUAGCCUUCUUGACUGGAAAGCCUGGCUCUAAUGUGGUUCUAAGUACUCAAGCCACAACACAAGGCCCUCAGUUUCAGCAGACCCUGUUCAAACAACAAGCACCACAACCAUCAGGCAAGCCCCUUAGUGUCCACUUGUUAAACCAAUCUGGCAGCAUUGUAAUUCCCUCUCAGACUGUUCUGCAAGGUCAAAACCACCAGUUUCUCCUGCCACAGAUACCGGCAGGUGGGCAGAUCCUUACACAGCACCCUGGGGGCCACAUCAUAACUAGUCAGGGUCCUGGUGGACAGCUCAUUGCAAACCAGAUUUUAGCUACAAAUCAAAACAUCAACUUGGGCCAAGUGUUGACAUCACAAGGCCACCCGGGGGCUGCCCACAUCCUCUCUGGACCCAUUCAGCUCCAGCCUGGUCAGAUGGGUGCCCCCACCCUCUUUCAGAUGCCUGUCUCCUUGGCUCAGAAUCAAAACCAGACACAAACCCACACCGUUUCAGGUCAUGCCCAGACAGUCAUACAGGGCAUGCCCAUACAGAACUCCCUGACCAUGCUGAGUCAGGUGGAGGGGCUGAGCCCCGCAGUCAGCCUUCAGCCAACCCUGCAACCAGGUGGUGUCCCCAGCAGCAGCAGCAGCAGCACCACAAGCAGCAGCAGCACUGGAGCAGCGACCAUGGCCCAGGGCCAGCCAGGAGAGUGUGUUACUGUGCUGGGAAGUUCCACAGACCAGGCUUCUCAUCCUGCGCAACAUCAUGUUCAGCAGUCCUCUAUCCUAGCCAUGCAGUCUGCUCCCACUGUGUCCACAGCUACCACAGUACCCUCCUCUUCUCCGUCCAUGUCUGUGUCCACCUCUUCCUCUGUGACAGCAGUGGGGCUGGUCCCCCCUCAGGCUCAGCAAAGUCCAGGGAGGUUACUGUUCACCAACCAGGGCUCCAGCAUGAUCCUGAGUCAAGAGUCUCUCCAGAUGUUCCUGCAACAGGAACCGCACCACCAAACAGAGAAUGAGUCGACCCCCUCUGUGGGCGUACCGGCGUCUGUAAUCGUCAGCAGCAACAGCAUCACGGCUCCGGCCCCCGCUGUCCAUGACAGCCAAUUAUCUGAGUCUUGGGUGGGUCAGAGUCUCAGCCCUUCCCCUGGCCCCUCCCACAUGACAGCAGUGGUAAACCAGGUUCCCUCCGGUGGACAUCAACAGCCCCUGAAGAUCCAGGGCAUGUCCCCGUCACCGGCCUUGACCACUCACACCACAGCGCCUCCAGUGGCAGUGAGCCCCCAGCCUUCCCAGUCUCCCCUCACUCUGAGCCAGCAGAUCCAGUCACCGCACCAUCAGCAGCAGUCGCGCCCCCCCUCUCAGCCCCAGCCACAAUCUCAGACUCCUUCUCGCUCAUGCACGCCCUCAUCCCACCCUCCGCUCUUUAUCAUCCAUAACCAAACAGCCGAGUCCCCUCAGUCGGCUCCUCAAGGACAGACGCAGCCCCAGCAGGCCCACAUUCAAGUCCAGCUUCAGCCACAGCCGGCCUCUCAUCCCCCCUUUCAGCAAGAAAUGCCUCCUAUGUCCCAGUCACCUAAACCUCCCCCGCCUCCACCUCCUGGUGCCCCUGCACAGCAUCAGUUCACCACGCUGCCCGUCAGCACCUCCACUGCUGCUGUAGUAAAAACCCAGGUACCAAUCGCGGGCCUGACAGCAGAGCAGCAGCAUCACCUCCAGUUAGUAGGAGCCCAAAUUCAGACUCUGUCAGGCAUCAACCAACCCUCACCUCAGCAGAAACAGCUGCUGGAGAAGCUGCACCAGGUCCAGCAGAACAUCCUGCUACAGGCCAAAACCUCUGCUCAGUCUCAACCUCAACCUCAGCCUCAAAUCACCAGUCAGUUCAGCUCCCAGCAAGAUGUGCCUGUUGACAAAGUGGUGAUAACAUCAUCAGCCAGUGCUGUUACGCCUGCUCAGCUUCCCUCUGUGCUGCAGCCAUCAGUACUCGUCAAAACUCCCGCUACAGCAUCAAGUGACUUACAGGUAUUCUCAGGAGCCCAAGGACCAGCUGGAGCAAUGGUGAAUCAAACUGUCACUCCUGCCAGCCUUACCCAGCCUGCACAGGUUCAGCCAAAGUCAGGAGUGAUUAGCUCAGUCGGAGGGAUGACUCUGGGGAAAGGAGGGAUGCAGAUACAGGUGUUAGGAGCAAGUCUGACUCAGAUGCCUGCUCCUCAACCCCCUGCUCCAGUACAAACUCAGACAACAACAAUGAAGAUGCCUUUUAGUGCAGAGCCCAGCAAAGAAGCCAGGAUGCUAGAACAGCUGAGGAAACAGCAGGGUUCAGUGCUUCACCCAAACUACAGUGCUCCUUUCCACUCUUUUGAGGACACACUGCACAGACUGCUGCCUUACCAUCUCUACCAGGGAACUGCCAACUCCUCUCAAGACUAUCAAAGAGUGGAUGAUGAAUUUGAGAGAGUCUCCUCCCAGCUGCUGAAAAGGACCCAGGCCAUGCUGGAUAAAUAUCGCUACCUGCUCUUUGCAGAGUCAAAGCAGAGACUGGGCCCCUCGGCAGAGAUGGUGAUGAUCGACCGGAUGUUCAUUCAGGAGGAGAAGAUAGCGUUGAGUCAAGACAGGAUUUUGGCCAAGGAGAGACCAGAGGAGUUUGUGGCAAAUGUGCGCAUGAUGGAGAGUGCAGCUUCAUCCCAACAGAAGUGUUCUUCCUCUGAGACCACGUCAGGGAGUGUGACUCCUGCUCCUCCACCUGCAGCUCCUGCCCUAGCCCCACUUCCAAACAAUGCCCCAAACCCUCCUCCUCCUGCCCUUGCACCUGCACCUGCCCCUGCCCCAACUCCUGCUCCCGGUCCACCUCCUGCUCCAGUUCCAGUUCCUACCCCCGCCCCUGCUCCAGCUCCAGCCCCAACUCCAACCCCAACUCCCGCACCUCCUGCUCCCCCCUCCGUAUCCCCCUUCCCUCCCACCAAACUGGUUAUAAAGCAGGGUGGAGGUGGAGCCUCUGUGUCCUGGUCCAGCAGCUGCGCCCCACCUCCAGCCACGUCAAGCAAGUCAACAACUGAACCAACAAGCCAGAGCUCUUCAUUCAGUCGUGCUCCGGCAUUGUCAUCUUCAUCGUCCUUCUUCUCUUCGUCCUCCAACUCACAAGCGGCCGACGACGAUGACGCUCUCCCGCAAAGAACCAGCAAACCACCGAUUAAGACCUAUGAGGCUCGCAGGAGAAUUGGCCUGAAGCUGAAGAUUAAGCAGGACCAGACAGGGUUCAGUAAGGUGGUUCACAACACUGCCUUAGAUCCGGUGCACACACCUCAACCUCAGCAGAGCAGCCAGUCCAUUUCCCAGUCUCAGAAUCAGCCCGAAGCUGCUGUACUGCACCCCAAAUCCCACCCUUUAUCAACUCCAACUACUACUGUCAUCAGAACUCAGUCCCCUGUAUGCACUACUUCUUCUUCCUCAUCGGUCACCAUAGCAACCACUCAGUCUAACCUGCCACUGAGAGGUAAUGCCCCCCCCAAAGCAGCGCCAUCUUCCUCUACCUCUUCUUCUCACACUUGGUCGUCGUCCACCUCCUCCUCCACCCAAAUGAACGGGACUUUGGAUCACCACGAUGUAGGUGGGGUCAAACUCAAUCCUGCCUCCACUGCCACUCCUUCACAAACCACCUGUCGCCUCCCCCUUCGGAAAACCUACCGGGAAAACAUCAGCCCCCGUGUUAGGCCCGGAGUCCCUGGAGGAGGAGGGGAAGAGGGUUUGUCUUAUCCCAGGCCCACACCGUCACCUCCCAGUCACACAGCCUCAUCUCCUCCUUUGGAGCGGACAGUGAUAGCUAGUGUGAAGGUGGAGAAAAGAGGCAGGGAGCACACGGAGUCUGGCCACGACACAGGCCGUUUAGGGAGUGCAAUGCAGGGGCUGGACCACGUGGAUGAGGUGUUUAACCGUGGGAUCAAAACCACACAACACCAUCAUCUGCCUCAGCUCCUUGACCGGGACGGGGCAAAGGAGAGACAGGAGGAGCACACAGACCAAGAGACAGAUGUAAGUAAGUACAAGAGGAUGAAAAAUAGACAAAGGCCAGGCGGGACAUUCAGAAUGGACCAGCAUGCCCCUGGGCCUCCCUCUCCCGAGUCGUCUUUUACGCGAGACUCUUUGCUUCCUGCCAAACGCUGCAAAUCCGACUCCCCUGACAUGGAUAAUGCCAGCUUCUCCAGCGGCAGCCCGCAGGACGACUCUCUGAACGAGCACUUGCAGUGCGCUAUCGACAGCAUCCUUAACCUGCAACAGGAGCCGUCUGCCCGCCACAUCAAAGGCGGCGGCGGCAGACCCCAUCAACACCAAAGCCACCGCGCAGGGGGCUCGGCCACCUCAUCCCACAGACCCACAAUCCCGCCUUCCUCUUCUUCCUCUGCGUCCUCGUCCUCCUCCUUGGCCCAGCACCCUCAGGUCGGCGGCCGUGGCCACAACGGCAGCCUGGUGCCCCAGACUCAAAGCAGAUAACAGCCCCUCAUCCCCAACCAGACUGACACUGGGGAACUAAGGGCAGGUCCACACCUAGACGUCAUUCACUCCAGGCUGAACCAGCUGAUGACAUUGUGAACAGGGAAUGCCCUCCCUCUUGGUUUGGUUUUUAGGCACACAGUAAAAACUCAGCAAAUCAAAAUGUAGAGCAAGAUGGUAAAGCAAGGACAAAGGUCUGGUGUUGUGAGUUUGUGCAGAUUUCUGUAACAGAGGCUUUGUCCAGUUAUCUGCUGCUAUAAUUCACGAAUUUUCAUGGUUUACUACUUUAGGAGAUUAUAACUGAACGAUUGAACUACAUUAAGAUUCAACAGACUAAAGGAAAGUUGCAGCAGGAGCAUCAGUUAAACAUGUUCCCCCUUGAAACAGUACUUUUGGUCAGGUAUAAAUACAGUAAUUCUUAAGUGUAAACCAAGUCACCUAUACUAAGACUGUAUAGAACAGGUGUCCACAAACAUCCAGAGUUUACCUGGUAGUUGGAUCAAAUCAUGUUUCCCCCAUAAAUAGACUGCUCUUAAGUUAUUUUGGAUCUUUUUUUAAGUGGUUUCAUUGUGGUUCUUUUAGUCCUGACUUGAAUGAAAAACCUGACCAAACAAAUCCCACAAAUGGGGAAAGUAAUUUUGGCUAAAAUGGGGGACAAAUCAGACUAAAAGGAGGGAGGUUUCAGAGGAAGCAAACUCUAGUAGCAGCUAACUGGAAAAUGUCUCAGAAAUCUGCACAUUCUUCCUGAAUUUACAUUCUUUCUCCCACAGAGUGAACAUUCUCACAUGUUUGAUGCAUUUUGGCUUUGCUUCAGUUUUUAAAUCAAGUCCAAAGAAAUCAAACCAAAGAGAAAAUGCUCCAGGUUUACAAAUUCAUCACCUGAUUAGAGCCUGAGUAAACAGAGUCGAGGUGUGAAAGCGCCCUGAGAGACAGAUUUUGGGUGUGCAGGAAAGGAGAGGGGGCACUGUGAAAACAGUAUCACUGUACUACUCUGCCAAGAUGUGUUUGUCCCUUUGAAUUGUCCAGACAUUUUUGUGUCACUGAUGGCCUGAGGUAGACCUGUGACAGUGUGCUGGGAGCUAAACUGUCUGUGGAUGUAGACUUGAACAGCCUGGUGUUUUCUAUGUUCUCACAGCCAAGCUUGGGUUAACACGCUGAAAUUGUCUGAGGUUCUUGUUGUUGUUCCCUAUUUCUUUUCCCCCCCUUUUCACUUUUGAUCUUUCUCCUUUCUAAGUCAGUAUUCAUACAUUCCCUUCACGUAGCCCAAGCGCCAGUUCACUGGUUUAUCUCCUCAUUUAAACUAUAUCCCAAAGAGCAUCAGGCGGCUCAUUAAACAGCUCAGUAGUCGACAGCCUUCCAUCUCUGUCAACGACAACCGAGAGGUAAAAAAUAGUACGACCGUGCUUAUUCUGUGAUCAACUGGCGGACCACGGCCCACAGCCGGCCCACAGGAUAUCAGUAAAAUCAGGAAACAUUAGGAGGGAAAAAUCCAGUAUUUAGCAUCAUGUCAGAUAUUGAAACAUCCCUGAAAACAUUAAUGAUGGAAUUAAUUUUAUUAAGAAUUACGUUUAAACCUCAGUUAUGUGCAUUUAACCUGCAGACGUUUCAAACCCAUCUGUCAGAUUGGUCAAGCUUUAUUCCACUAGGCUGGUCUAAUAACAGUUAAAGGUGAUUAAUAUUUCUACAGUUACAGAUUUCAACUGUUACUCCUCAGUUUCAGAGUAUUUUCCAGUAUAGUCUAAGUAGGCAGUAUGGCCAGAAAUCUUAUUAUAAUUAUAAAUAAUUUCAGCCACCAUCAUAUAAUUAUCAGCAUAAACAUCAAAUCAUUUACUUUCUCAAGUUUAAAGGCUGGUUUUGGGUUUUGACUCAAAGUUAGAGACCAGAUGAUUAUUUGUGGUUUUAAACUCUUCCAGAAAUCUAUAGAGAACAUUCAAAGCAGGUUGUAUUGAUAAAUCCAUUAAAAUCAAAAUAUGCACAAGUGAAAUCAAGUAAAACAACAAAACGGAGAGGUUAAAUGAAUUGAAACUUGAAGACAAAAGAAAAACUUGUGAACAUGAUCUUCGUUGCAAUGUAAAAUUAUUUUGCAGUUAUUAUCACUCAUUGUGUCUUGAUUGUAUUAAGGAUUCCCCAUGUGUUUAAGGAAAUCCCUAUUGGUACUACUGUAAUGAGAACAACAGAUUUGUACUGGGCGAAUGUAGAUCAUCCUUGUUGGAAGGCGUCACAAUAUACCAUGUAAAUUACAUUUUCUAGAUGCAAACAGCACCACGUUUAACUCUGAAUCGAUUCAGAAAACAACCUUUUAGAAGCUGCUGAUUACAAAAACUUGAGCUUCAACUUGCGUUUUCCCUCCAUUUCAUAUUAAAAAAACCCACUGGUGCUUCAGAGGAGUCGUACUGAACCGUCUGAGAUGUUAUGGGUACGCUAUGAGGAACUUUUCUGCUUUAAGUGUCCGAUCAUUUUACAGGUUUUUGUUUUUAGACCACACACAUUUACACAGAACAGUACCUGCCCCCUGCUGCUGACAACACCAGGUUUCAGUCAGCAGGGGGCAGGCCAGAUUUAACUGUUGGUUUUCUAUUUCAUCGGUUUGUUCGGUUCAUCUUUCUUCGUGCCACUGUAUCCCUGCCCCAUUCCUCCUCCCCCUCCUUUUUUUUUUCUUCUUGUUAAAGCCUGGUGGACAAUUCAAACACAAACACAGCACAAGCAUUGAAAUGGAAAAAAGGAACAAUAAUAAUGUACAAAAAGACAGUAAGAGAAUUUGAAGUAUAGUAUUACAGAUUAAUUUUGUAUUGUAUUUAUUGUGUAUAAUGACACUUUUUAAAAAGAAAUGUACAUUUAGUAAAACUGUAAAUUAAACAUUGCUUCUUUUAUGAAAAAAAA